CACACAAAGAACAUACAAUACACUGUUUUGUACUUUGCUACAUUGAAUAAUCUUGAGCACCUAUUAUUUCACCCAUGUGGGAGUGUAUCUGUAGGAUACAUUCCUAAAAGUGGAAUGGCUGGUCAAAGAAAAUGUACAUUUGUCAUUUGGAUAAAUAUUGCCAUAUCGUCCUCUGAAGUUAUGAAAAAAUCUUUUCAUGAUUUCUUCCAGUACUUUAAUGGUUUGGGUUUUUUUUUAACAUUUCAAUUUAGAUCCCUUUAAAUUUUUAUCCUGGCUUAAUGGAUACUUAAUAAGAAAAACAAAUUAUUUAAAACAUUAAACUCCUCACUCAUAGUGGAAAUUCAAGGGCUCGUUGUCCCCAUCUGUUAGAUCACAGGAUCUAGAUGCAAAUAAGGACAUCUUGCAAAGGUUCAGUUUACGCAGCGGGUAACAUAGCCAGACCUCUGCUCAGCUGUGUGCAGGUUUAUUUCCUUCCAGAGUCUCAUGGUAGUGAAGAAUCAGGCCCUGAGAGCUUGAUUUCCACCUGCAUAUGAAUUUUUCACUUCAGUAGAACUGAGGUCGCUGUUUGGAUUUUCCUCCUGAAAUAUUGUAAGUUGCUUUCAUCAUUUAAAUAAAAAGAAGUGGACUCCCCUGCAGGACUGGGUAUAGAAAAGUAUAGAAAAGAAUCAUGUCGGAACACAGCAGGAAUUCAGAUCAAGAAGAACUCUUUGAUGGGGAGAUUGAUGAAGAUGAAAUCUUGGCCAACUUGUCCCCAGAAGAGCUUAAGGAACUGCAGUUGGAAAUGGAGGUGAUGGCCCCUGACCCCAGGCUUCCCGUGGGAAUGAUUCAGAAGGAUCAGACUGACAAGCCACCAACAGGGAACUUCGACCAUAAAUCUCUCGUUGAUUAUAUGUAUUGGCAAAAGGCAUCCAGACGCAUGCUGGAAGACGAACGUGUUCCUGUUACCUUUGUGUCAUCCAAGGGAAAAACUCAAGAACAGCAUGAAGAAAUAGACACAAGUAAUAAAAAUGUGUCCCAGUAUUUAAAAGAAAAGCUUAAUAAUGAAAUCACUGCACAUAAAACAGAAUCACAGGGCAGUGACAAUGUCCAAGAAACAAAUAAUGAAGAUAACAAAGAUGAUGUGGAAGAUGAAGAAGAUGAUGCAGAAGAUGAAGAAGAUGAGGGAAAAGAGGACAGUGAAGAGAGUGAUGAGAAAACAAAAAUAGAAGAGGAAGGUGAGGUAAAGGAGCAAAUCAGAAAUGGUGAGAACAACAGCCAACAGGUAACUGAUAAAGUAACCGAAGAACAGAAAGACAGACCAGAGGCCCAAGAAAAAAGUGAGAAAAAAAUAUCAAAAUUAGAUCCCAAAAAGCUAGCUCUAGAUACCAGUUUUUUGAAGGUAAGCGCAAGGCCUUCCGGAAACCAAACGGACCUAGAUGGGAGCUUAAGGCGAGUGAGACAAAAUGACCCUGACAUGAAGGAACUCAACCUGAACAACAUUGAAAACAUCCCCAAAGAAAUGUUGCUGGACUUUGUCAACGCGAUGAAGAAAAACAAACACAUCAAAACCUUCAGUUUAGCCAACGUGGGUGCGGAUGAGAACCUAGCAUUCGCCCUGGCCAACAUGUUGCGUGAAAACAGGAGCAUUACCACUCUUAACGUUGAGUCCAAUUUCAUCACAGGCAAGGGAAUCGUGGCCAUCAUGAGGUGUCUCCAGUUUAAUGAGACACUAACCGAACUUCGGUUCCACAAUCAGAGGCAUAUGUUGGGCCACCAUGCUGAAAUGGAGAUAGCCAGGCUUCUGAAGGCAAAUGACACUCUCCUGAAGAUGGGCUACCAUUUUGAGCUUCCAGGUCCCAGAAUGGUGGUAACCAACCUGCUCACCAGGAAUCAGGAUAGACAAAGGCAGAAAAGACAAGAAGAACAGAAACAGCAGCAACUCAAAGAGCAGAGAAAGUUAAUAGCCAUGUUGGAGAACGGGUUGGGGCUGCCACCUGGGAUGUGGGAGACACUGCGGGGACCAGUGCCCGAUUCUGGGACGCAGGAGUUCCUCCAGCCUCCUCUUCCUCUUCCUCCUCGACCUCCCAGCUCCCACGCAGUCCCCUUCAGUAGACAAAAUGAAAUGACGAAAAAGCCAUCACACGCUCCGAAGUACAGGCCGGACACUGACACCUUCCGCAUGGUAAAGCUGAAGAGGAUCCAGCGCAAAUCUCGGAUGCCGGAAGCCAGAGAAUCAGCCGAGAAAACCAACCUCAAAGACGUGAUCAAAACGCUCAAACCAGUGCCGAGAAAUAGGCCACCCCCGCUGGUGGAAAUCACCCCCAGAGAUCAGCUCUUGAACGACAUUCGUCACAGUAACAUCGCCUAUCUUAAACCUGUGCAGCUGCCAAAAGAGCUGGAAUAAGAGGCAACAGAAUAAUCUCGGAGAAGGAAUUGACAUAAUGACUCUUGGAUUAGUUCGGAGACUGUUUCAGCAGCACACUUCUGGAUCCAGGUGGUGGAACUGGGAACAUUGCUAACUGAUCCGCGUAUUUUGUAAAAGGCUUUGGCCCGUGACAAAACAGGGGCUGAAAAGGCAGGGGGAAGGAGAUAAAAUAUGAAUAGUCAGGGCAAGAUUUUCUACUUCCAAUCAGUUGGAGUGACUUAGGUGAAACUGAGUCUUCUAGCAGAAGUGAAUUUUUUCGUAAACAUUUGCUUUAUUAUUGCUUUCUUCUGGUAAAUAACAAUAAAUACUGUAGCGGUGUUAA